AUGCCACGUAACUAUCGUCGAAAACAACCUGAUCGGACUCCUGUUACCGAAGCGCAAAUUUUUCAUGCAAAAGAACUUUUAGCUAAGGGUAAACGAGCUGCUGCGAGUGCAAUCGGCAUCAGUGAGUCUUGUCUUCGAAAAAGGCUUAAACUUGAUACAACUUCUUCGUCUUUGGGUAGAUGGAAGCCAACUUUCAACACUGAGCAAGAAGCUGAAUUUGUGAACCAUUGUAAGAAAAUGGACGAACGAUACUUUGGAUUAACCAUAAACGACUUACGACGACGAGCUUAUGAAUAUGCUGAAGCUAAUAAAAUUGAAAAUCGCUUUGAUUCAGGUUGCAAAAUGGCAGGACGGGAUUGGGUCGAAAGCUUUCUAAAACGCCACCCAGAUUUGACUCUUCGUCAAUCUACAGCGACUAGUUUAGCUCGAGUGAUUGGAUUUGAUAAAGUUCAAAUUGAUCGUUUUUACAAAAACUUGGAUGAAGUAUAUAAGAGAUAUAAGAUCAAACCGAAUCGCAUCUACAAUGUUGAUGAAACAGGAAUGAGCACUGUUCCAAAGAAAACACCCAAAGUUGUAUCAACUAAAGGAAAAAAUGUGGUGGGUAAGGUUGUUUCUGCGGAACGAGGCAUUACAGUAACAGCUAUUUGUUGUAUGAGUGCUGCGGGUCACUACGUUCCACCUGCAUUUAUUGUUCCUCGAAAGAGCAAUCGUGAUGAUUUGAUAAAUGAUGCUCCUUCUCAUAGCAUCUCCAUGGUAUCUGACAGUGGUUUUGUUAACACAGAUCUGUUUGUCACCUGGUUGAAACAUUUCCAAUCUUUUGUUUACGCUACACCUGAAGAUCCUGUAUUGAUGCUUCUUGACAAUCACUCCUCUCAUAUCAGUUUAGAGGCAGUGAACUACGCUCGCGAGCAGAACAUUAUUAUGCUCACUUUACCACCACAUGGAAGUCACAAGCUCCAACCACUGGACAGAUCUUUUUUCGGUCCUCUUAAAGCUUAG